UGUCAAAACUUAACUCUGACUGCUCUUUUUCUAUCUUCCUCUCCCUUCUUAUUAUAAUCUGUUCUUGUGAUAAGGACUUUUAAUUAGCCUGGAUUCCUCAAUCAACCUUAUUGAACAUGAUAAUUUUUGAUUCUUUUCUGUUCAAGCUUCUGUUUUCCAUGGUUUUUAUUACUUCUUUCCCGACUUGAAUCUUUAGAGGUUCUAAUCAGGGUCAAUUUCUCUUGAAUUUUAGCAUAUUGUUCUUCAGGGAAGUUCAAACUUUAGUGGUUGUUCUGCGUAUCUCUAUCGAAAUUCGGGAUGCUGUUCCUAAUAUAUUUUUAAAUACUAAUACUGUAAUUGGAUCCUUGGCCUCAGCUCCACGGCAACAACUGAUUAGUAUUAAUCACUGAGAGAAUGUAUUCGCUUUAAUGGAGCUCUUCCUGGGGAUACCAAUACGUCAGCCCCAAUGCUUCUUGUGCGAACAAGAGAGUGGAGAUAAUUAUCCUAAGCACUGUUAAAAUCCUUCCUCAAUUUCUCUUUAUUCUCAGGAUCUAUUUCUUGGAGAUGAUAAUCAGUUUACCAGAGUAGAUGUUUGCAGUUUGUUUCUUUAUUCUAGAAGCUCCUUAAUCUUUCGGUCAUAUUGCUUCUUAUUCUCUCCCAUAAGAAUAAUGCCUUCAUUACAAAUGCGUUCUCUCUGCUUCUCCUUCUUCAUGUCUUCUAGGAAGCAUUCAAUGGUCAUGUUAGAUUUAUGAUACUUUCGUAUUCAUUCCUCUAAUCUGUAUCGUCUUUUUGUUAUUGGUUAGAAUUAGCUAUUUGCUUUUCCUGAAUAAAUCUUCGUAACAUUUUGCUCAUAGUUAUUAGUUCCUCAAUUGGUUAAUUGAUUCUAACUAUUCUGUCUUUCGAAAGAAGUGCUUGAUUUGAUACUUCUGAGUUGACUACUUUGCUACAACAUUUUAAAAAUCAGCCUUAUCAGUGCUCUUGCUACCUCCUUCUCAAACUAUGGAGGUUUUCCCUUUUGCUCUUUAA